UUAAUACUAAUUAUAAAAAAAACAGGUGCUUCGCGCAUUUGGACACAUUCAGUGUGUUACACACUAGUGCAAUAAUUGACACUUUUGACAUGUUCAUAGUGAUAUUUGCACUGAACACUGACCAGUGUAUUGCAAUUUUGACACUUAUUGAUUAUUGAAAACUAGUGCUUUUUAACUUGUGUGACCUUUAUUUUUAUUAAAGCGUGAUUGAUCUGUUUUGUUUAUAUUCUUUUUGUGUAGUUAGAUACACAUAAGACAAGUUUAGUCGUCCUUAUUAGUCUUGUUGCAAUAGUAUUGUUAGUAAGGUAACAAUAGUAAGGUAGUAUUUGGGUUGUUAAGACUUGUCUUUUUAUAAUUAGUAGAUUUAUUACGCAGGCUCUUUUGAACAGGAUGCAGUGUUGUGUCAGGAAGCAUUUUCCUUUUAUUUUUUCAGGUGCCCAAGACAGGAGAAAAGUGAACCGUAUUGCUGGGGACUCCAAUGCUCAUCGGAUUAAGGAUAUUCUUCCUGACGAUAUAGCUGUCAAAUGCCUGCCAAUCUCUGAUGAGAAUAUGUAAUGACAAUGGUAUAGAACAGUAAUUACAGUUUCAGACAUUCGCCAACUCUGUUUUCAAAGGUGCCAAAUUUUCUUGUGAUCGUUUUCGCCAUGCAUUGUUGAGUGACUUGCGGAAGAUGGAUGUUCAACAGCUGUAUCUUCAUCUAGGCUCAAAUGACAUUCUUACGAAUGAAGCGGUGUUUUACCGGAGGCGCACAAUCAGGUGUCCAGAAUGCAGGGUUGUUUGCUCCAACGAAGACGCUUUGCUGAGCCACUUCUGCAGUCGCCACAUCAAGCAACCAGAGACUGGAAAAGAGAGUAAAAUUAAGCUGAUAGGCUCACCAAUGAUUGCAUCUGCUAAUCAUGAACUCAACGAAGUCAGCUCAAGGAAGUGGAAGGCAUGCUUGGAAAAUAGAAGUUUCCAUUAUGAAGGAACAUACAAACAUUUCCCACCCACCAUGUGGAUCAAGAUGUUUGGGCUGAUGAUUCUGGGUCGUAUGUGUGGACAAGGUGGUCCUCAUUACAUCAUGAUGCAGCUGUGUAUUCAACAACAUGUUAACCUGUCCCAGCGGAUGUUGAUGCUCUUAAAUGAUGUUGAGAAAAAUCCAGGACCGGAGUAUUCGUGCAAAUGGAUAUCCUGCAAGGAAGACUUCCACUCCAUAGGACAGCAAGAUGCACAUAUCAUCUCUCAUGUGGUUCAAGAGAAAUGCUGUAGAUGGGGAGACUGUACCAAAGUCCUGAGCUUUAAUAGUCUUGAAAUCCAUGAACUUAAACAUCAUGAUGUGAGUUUAGCACUGUGUAUGAACUGGUGUUGCUUCAUUUUCUGCAUAUCUUUAUCUCAGUCUUCUCUAGUUUUGAUGGUCAAAUACAUAUUGUCUGCCAGUUUUUUUCCCCCAAUACUGCCGUUCAUCGUUUGCUUGCAUCAAGAGUUUUAAAAGAAAUUAAAACUCAUUUGUUUAGUUAGAAUCUUAUGAAAGACUUAAAUGGCCAUGUUUAAUACAAUUGUAUAACAACAUAUAUGAGCUAAAAAAAUAGUUGGAAUAAUUAAUGUAUAUAUGAACA